AUGAAGGCAGUGACCUAUGAUGAUGUGCAUAUCAACUUCACUCGGGAAGAGUGGGAUUUGCUGGAUCCUUCCCAGAAGAAUCUCUACAAAGAUGUGAUGCUGGAGACCUACAGGAACCUCGCUUCUGUAGGAUGCAUUUGGGAAGACUGUAAUACUAAAGAACAUUGUUUAUUUUCUAGAAGACAUAAAAGGAAUGAAAGAACACAGACUGGAGAGAAACCCUAUGAAUGUAAUCAGUGUGGUAAGGCCUUUGCACAACACAGUCAUCUUCAAAGCCAUAAAAGAAUACAUACUGGAGAGAAACCCUAUGAAUGUAAUCAGUGUGGUAAGGCCUUUGCACAAUCUAGUCCUCUUCAAAGGCAUAAAAGAACACACACUGGAGAGAAACCCUAUGAAUGUAAUCAGUGUGGUAAGACCUUUUCAGUUCAUAGUACUCUUCAAAACCAUAAAAGAACACAUACUGGAGAGAAACCCUAUGAAUGUAAUCACUGUGGAAAGGCCUUUGCACAGUACAGUGCUCUUCAAUGCCAUAAAAGAACACACACUGGAGAAAAACCAUAUGCGUGUGAUCAGUGCGGUAAGGCCUUUGCAGCUCACAGCAAUCUUCAGAUCCAUAAAGAAACACAUACUGGAAAGAAACCCUAUGAAUGUAAUCACUGUGGGAAGGCCUUUGCACAGUACAAUGGUCUUCAACAUCAUAAAAAAACACAUACUGGAGAGAAGCCCUAUGAAUGUAAUCAGUGUGGGAAGGCCUUUGCAGUUCACAGGACUCUUCAAGUGCAUAAAAGAACACACACUGGAGAGAAACCAUAUGAAUGUAAUGAGUGUGGGAAGGCAUUUGCAGCUUCUGCUCAGAAAAUCAAUGGUCUUAGGGGUAUUAGAGGCAAAGCUAAGAGUAUCUUGUUUGGACACAAACUAAAAUCUCUGUUAGGAAAGAUCUUUGGAGAUGGAGAGUAUCUCAAGGGUGAGGGGAAUGGCUGA